UUUGUCUAUGGCACAGUUGUGUUGUCAAAGUUGCCAAAUAGUUAAGUUCGGAUUUCGAUAGUUUUAUUAAAAUUCUAUGUAUUAAAUAGCUUGUUGUGAAGUGAAACAUGCAGUCCAAAUAGCUGAUUAUCCAUUUAGCUAGUUACCAUUUGAAAAAGCACACGUUUCUUUUUAUUUUUACUGUGGAAAGUGGUUUUGAAACAUUGCGAUCAUGGAAGGGACUUGGGUGCUGAUUUUACUGGCUUUGGUGAUGCUGGUGGGGUCCUACACAGCAGGAAUCAUCCCCCUCAAUGUCAGCAUGUCUGAGGACAAGCUGAAGAAAGUGACAAUAUUCGGUGCAGGCCUGCUGGUGGGCACGGCACUGGCCGUGAUCAUCCCCGAGGGGGUCCGGGCAUUGUUCAGUGACACACAGAAACCGACAGUGCAGAGCGAGGUGUUCACGGCAGCGGCUGUUGACACACAUGAAGGGGAUCUGCAUUCUGUUAUCGGGAUCACUUUGGUUUUGGGCUUUGUCUUCAUGCUGCUGGUGGACCAGGUGUCCUCGCGGCACACGGACUCCAGCAAUCCCGUGGAGAAGAAUGUCACUGCUACUAUUGGACUAGUGGUGCACGCUGCAGCUGACGGCGUGGCGCUGGGCGCAGCCGCCACCACCUCCCAUGCUGACGUGGAACUGGUGGUGUUCCUGGCCAUCAUGCUGCACAAGGCGCCCGCCGCCUUCGGGCUGGUCACCUUCCUCAUGCACGCCGGGUUAGAGAGGAGCCGCAUCCGCCGCCACCUCCUCAUAUUCUCGUGCGCGGCGCCGGUCAUGACCCUGCUCACCUUCUUCUGCAUCGGCGCGGAGAGCAAGCAGACCAUGAGCGAUGUUAAUGCCACUGGUAUAGCGAUGCUGUUCUCAGCCGGCACCUUCCUAUACGUGGCGACAGUGCACGUGCUGCCCGAACUGACACACCCGCACUCGCACACUCACACGCUCCUGCCCACAGACUCUAUGCCUCAGAAGAAGGCGGGUUUCGGCAGUUUAUCUGUGUGCGAGACCGUCAUUCUAGUCUGUGGCGCUUUGAUGCCGUGUGUGCUGACUAUGGGACAUCAUCAUUAGGAUUCAAAUACUAUGUUCUCAGGGCUUUCUCACCAGGUCAAAAUGUAACGUGAAUUGUACAGGUUGUUGCAAAAAGGGUAUACUAAGCCGAAAGGGGGUGACUCAGGGGGUCAUUCUGAGCAACUUUUGUUCUACGAGUUUUGGAGAUUCGCCAAUAGUAUACCAUUUUUGCAACAACCUGUAUAAAAUAUCACUGCAUAAAUAAGCAAUCCCAUACAGACGAGUCCAAUCGUUUUCCUGUGAAUAGAAGCGCUCACUAGAUGGCGUUAAAUCAGAAAAAACUUGGGGAAAAAGAGUAGGCGUUCACUAGAUGGCGCUGUUAAAAAUAAAUAAGCUUUCUUGAAUGUGAAUGAUUAUUUGUGGAUAGUAAAUAUUAAUUUUAUAUGUGGUAUCAAAUUCAUAGGUAAGGCUGUGAAUAAUAUUUUUAUGUGUAUAUUUCGUAUGAAUACGUAGUAAGUUUAUCGGUUUUUGCCAAUUAAAAGAGGAAAAAAACACUUGAGUUACUUCCUACAUCAUCAUCAUCAUUAUUAGCCAAUAAUCAUCCACUGCUGGACAUAGGCCUCUUCCUAUAUAACUAUACUUAAUUACGCAGUUCAAUAAUUAAUUUAUAGCGAUCAAAUUGAAGGUUAGUGCCUUUGUUUUUUGCCCUAAACUGGACAAACCAUCAAAACUGGCUCAGCCGUUCGUGAUACACAAAGUAUGAGUCAACUACUCAUAUUUCUCGGGGUUAUUUAAACCAUAGUCUAUGAAACUUUGGACAUGUUAAUCAUAGGCUGUGUUGGUGUUUGAAUACUCGUUGCCAAUUUUUUAAACCUAUGAAGAUAAACUUCACCAAGAAAUAGAGGCUCAUAGUAACUUCUUGUAAUUUAUACUUAUAAGUAAUGACGAAAGCCUAAAAUUUAUUUAAAAAUGUGUUUUAUAUAACAAAUCUUUUGGAUACCUAUGUACAUGACAUAAUGACGUUUAAGCGAUAUGUUUUAUUACAUUAUUUAGAUAAUUGCGUCCUAAUUUUCUUCUGUGCAAUCCGUAGAUCUUCUGUUAUGGGUGCGGUUAUUAUGAAAUUACGCUCAAAAAUUUGUUUGUCAAAUGUACAUGUUGUACUUAUAAUUUAAGCAUUUAUGUAGUUACGUAUUUAGGAAUUUUCUAAAUGUACGUAAAGUUUGGCAUACUCCAUGGAGUUUAAAAUAUCCAUCCGGUAUGCACUAAUAUUUUUUU